CUGUAUAAAUAAAGGAAGCAAGCAACCGCCAACGACAAUUCAACGCAUCGCCAACCCCUCAACACUUGAAAGGAAAGAAGCGGAAUUUCAAAAUCCUGCUUUUUCCACAAACCCAGCUUCAGGCACCAUGGAUGUGAGAGUUGGGGUCUUAGUUCUUUUUGUGCUGGGAGCUAGUUGGGCCGGUGAUGCUAGACAUCUGGCAAACCUAAAUUUACCAGUUACAAAGACAGCCCACCAUAUUCAAGAGGUGGAAACUCAAACUUUACAAGUUUCUGGGGAUGAAUUUGUUGGAAAUGAUAAUGUGUGCACAUUGUGUGAGGAGUUUGCUGCGCAGGCACUUGAUUACCUUGAUGAAAACAAGACCCAGACCGAGAUCAUUGAAGCCCUACAUCAGACCUGCUCUCAAUUGCGCUCUUUCAAGCAGCAGUGUAUUACUUUGGUGGACUAUUAUGCUCCUCUCUUCUUCUUAGAGGUCUACUCUCUACAACCUAGUGAGUUCUGCCGGAAGGUCAACCUCUGUCAGCAGGUUGCUUUAUUUUCUUCACAACUCCGAGAGGAUAGCUGUGGAUUAUGUCACCGUGCUGUUUCAGAAGUAUUGGUUAAGUUGAAAGAUCCUGAUACACAGCUGGAGAUCAUUGAGUUGCUUUUGAAGGCGUGCAAUUCGGUGGAGAACUAUGCCAAAAAGUGCAAGAGGAUUGUUUUCGAAUAUGGACCAUUAUUUCUUGCCAAUGCAGAGCAGUUCCUUGAAACAACAGACAUAUGCACUACACUUCAUGCCUGCAAUUCGAGCGUAGCUAGUACCGAGGAAGCAUCGCCAGUGACAGUUGUAACUGUUCUGUCUGACUCUUAGUCUCGGCAACAAAGAGAUACUGGAAUGAUGGAGGAAUGAUGUAUCCAUUCUGUCUUGACUGUCUGAAUCUUAGUCUUGGCAACAAAGAUACCCUGGAAUGGUGUGACUACCACUUCACUUUAUGUAUUUUUACACUCCUAGGUGCUUGCCUGUGCUAUUAUAUAUUUGUGACUGGACACAUGAUUGAACAUUUGUUGUAAAAUAUGUGCUAUAAAACUCAAAUGCUUUUAUGAAAAUGUUUGAUCCUGUAACUUCAA